AUGGACCCAGCCAGAAAUGGAGAAGUGGCUGAAAGAGGAAGAAGAGUGGCCGGGAGGGGGCGAGGAAUACGUAUGCGUGGUGGAAGAAGAAUAAGAGGAAGAUCAAGAGCUGUAGUCUCAGAUGAGAUCAGAGCUACUGUAAUUGAUCAUGUAGUAAAUCAUGGUCACUCAAUGAGAGAGGCUGGUCAGAGAGUGCAGCCAAAUAUGCAACGCUCUACAGUGGCAUCUAUUGUUAGAGUUUUCCGGCAAACCAACAGGGCUCAACGGUUACCUCACACAGGAGGGAGAGGACGGAUUUUCACUGAUGUGCAGGAAACUGCCAUUGUUGAUAUGGUCAUCAGAAACAAUGGGAUAAAACUCACUGAAAUUAGACACAGAAUCUUGGCAGACAACGUUACUUUCGCAAAUAUUCACAGUGUAAGCAUAACAACAAUUUCUAGAGUCCUGAAAAAACAUCAGGUCAAGAUGAAACAGUUGUACACUGUGCCUUUUGAGAGGAACUCUGAACAUGUCAAGCAACUCAGGAACCAGUAUGUCCAGAGAGUCAUGGAGAUUGAAGGCAGGCAAACACACCACAUUUUCAUCUUUGUGGAUGAGGCAGGUUUCAACUUGGCCAAAGCAUGGCGACGAGGGAGGAAUGUGAUUGGGAAGAGAGCCACAGUGAAUGUCCCGGGCCAGAGGGGUGCCAACAUCACAAUGUGCGCAGCAAUAUCCACUGAUGGACUGCUGUUACACAGACCACUAAUUGGGCCAUACAACACUGAACGGCUCCUUGCAUCCCUGCAUGAUCUCUAUGGAAGGGUUGUGCUAGUCACCGAGUGGUUUGCAGCCCAUCCCAGAAUGGAGUCUCUUUUCCUCCCACCUUACUCUCCAUUCCUCAACCCCAUAGAGGAAUUCUUUUCCUCAUGGCGGUGGAAGCCAGAAAUGGAGAAGUGGCUGAAAGAGGAAGAAGAGUGGCCGGGAGGGGGCGAGGAAUACGUAUGCGUGGUGGAAGAAGAAUAA